CUAUCAUUCAAAUAGUAUUGCAGAGUGAAAAGAGAGAGAAAGAUUUUUUUUUUUUGUGCAAUAAACAUCAUCAUCAAAUGUUUGAUGUUAUAUUUUACCAGGUACAUUAAAAUGGUAUUCAUGUUCAACAAAUGAUUUCCCACUUAAAAGACAUAAAGUAUCAAAAGCCUGUGAAGUAUGUCGUGGUAAAAAAAUGAAAUGUGACGGCAAAUUUCCUUGUCAAAGAUGUGCAAAUAAUAAAACAACUUGUAAAUAUAAUCAUGAUAAAAAAUCAACUUCUACAACUACACAACAGCAGCAAAAGGAAUCAUUCCCUUUUAUUCCCGUCAAAAAAUUACAUAAAAUUCCAUUUUAUUAUUAUUGUAAUUCAUUACCGCCUUUGUUAUUAGAUUUCUUUAAUAAUUUACAGCAACAAAAGAGUUCAGUUUGGACUCAAUUCUUUAAAUUAUAUAAUCAAGAAGAAGAAAGAGAAGAUAGAAUAGAGGAUAUAAACUCAGUCUUAUUAAAGGAAGCCUUUAGAUUAUUUGUAACACACAACUUACUCUAUGGCGCAUUCUUUAUUCAAAAUAGACAGUAUGAAACUACGAAUAGAAUGAUCAUUUAUUGUAUAUUAGCCUUGACAUUUUAUUCUGCUUAUCAGAUUUCUUUAUCAGAUCAGAAACAAGAUUUAUACCUUUAUUCAAUUCAAUUUUAUAAAAAGGCUCAUAAGCUCUUUUUUGAAGCCUGUUUCCCUACUGCAGUCAACCAUGCUAAACAGAUAGAUAAAAUUCAAUUAAUUCAAGCUUCUAUUUUAUUAGCUCAUUUUCAAUGUCAAGUGUUUGAUAAAGAACAAUCUUUUAUGAUGAUUCGAAUUGGUUUAGAUUUAGUUGAUUAUAUAGUAGAAGAAGAUAAAGAUCAAUGUACGAUCAAAGUAUUAGAUGCUUGGUAUUAUUGGUUAUUAUUUUAUCUUGAAAAAAGAAAGACGGUGACGAUAGAAGAUGAACAGCCUAUGAUAUCUCUACCUACCACUUUAAAGAAUCCAUCUCAUAUUUGGGCAUUUAAUGUGAUAGAUGCAUAUACCUUUUUUUUGAAAAGCAUCUUGAUAAAGAAUAAGCAUGAAUCGAUGAAUAUAAAGUCCAUCAAGAAUUAUCAUCAACUAAGAAUACAUACAAUAAUCAAGUGAUUUACUUGUAUAAUCAAAUCUUAACUAUUCAAAUAUUUCAAUGUAUAAACGUAGAUGAUGAUUCACAUAUACUUGACUUGUCAAUUAAAGCUGCUCAAAAUAUUUUGUCUACUAUCAAAAAGAUAUUUAAAGAAGAAC